AUGUUUCAGAGGCCGACCGGAGACCAGGAGGAUGAGCCCCUGGUGCCUGGAUGGAGAGGGUUUCUCUCUAGUGUGGGUCUGUCCCUUCCUGCCUCAGUGUGUCGUCUGGCCCCUCCAGGUUUGCGUCUCGGGCAUCGCCGAAUGCUCCAGGGAAAAGCCCCGGACGUCCCUGAGCACGUGCUGAGGCUAGCAGGGGUCGGCCCAGACAAGCUCAGGGCGGAGUGGAACUUACCAGGCUUCAUCACCAUGUUCCUGCCGGAGUUCCCACACAGGACUGUGUCUGGACAGGAGCAUUUUCAAGUCAUGAGUUAUAUUGCCAAAGGCUCAUUUGGACCUAUUCUGAAAGUGAAGGACAAAGUACAACACAAAACCUAUGCUGUGAAGGUGAUCCCUAAGUCAGAAAUCCUGAGACUUGGUGUGUUGGAACAGUCCAAGGAAGAAGUGAUUGUUCAGCGUCAGGUUCAUCAUCCAUUUGUCCAUGACCUCCAGGACUGCUGGCAGACUCAGCGCCACCUCUACAUUAUGUGUGACUACUGCAGCACUGGGGACCUCUACACUUACUGGCAAAUGAACGGCCAAUUUUCAGAAGAUACUGUCAGAGUAUUUGCUGCAGAACUGGGCUGUGCUCUGGGUUUUCUGCAUGACAUUGGAGUCAUCCAUCGAGAUGUGAAGAUGGAGAAUAUCUUGCUUACAGACAAUGGACACCUCCGUUUAGCUGACUUUGGUUUGUCCCGUCGCCUGGAGAGAGGAGGGAGAGCCUUCACUAUUUGUGGAACUAUACAAUACAUGGCUCCAGAAGUGCUGAGUGGUGGGCCCUAUAACCAUGCAGCUGAUUGGUGGUCUCUGGGAAUCCUGAUUUCCUCAUUGGUUACUGGGAAGUUUCCCGUGCCACCCGAACCUGACCACUGCAGCAUGUUAAGAAAAGUUAGACAUUUUCCAUAUGAAAUGCCCCUCAGCUUUAGUCCUCCACUGGCCUUGCUCAUCUCAGAGCUUCUCUGCAAGAGUCCUAUUCGUAGACUAAGAACUCUGGAUCGAUUUAAACGACAAGGGUUCUUCCAUGGGAUGAGUUUUGACCUUGCCCUUAUGCAGCGGGAGCCUGUGGAGGUGAUCCUGAAACUGAGGGAGAGGCCAGACCGAGCAGCCAAAGCUCGCAGAGGCCUCACUCUGUCUUUGCAGCCACUAAAAGGUUUUGAUUACGACGCACUGCUCAGCCCAGACACUCCAGACACUCAGGACAACAGUACCCAAACCCGCACAACGAUAGCUCUACCGGGACCACCAUUGCAACCUGCUCAGGAAAAGGGUCCUCGCCGAGAAAUUUUUGUAUAAAGCACUUUGUGUUUACUAUAAAUAUGCACUAAAGGCCUAUGUAUAAUCACACACAUCCUCACUCUUACUCAAAACCGCAGUGCACUUUUUUUCUGUAAUGCACUAAGGUAAUUUUAUAUUCUAU